AUGUCUCGAUGUGCAGAUGUAGAGUUAAUAGAGGCAGUGCGUUUAUAUGAACAUUUAUAUAAUUCGUCGGAUAGGAACUACCACGACGCCUUUAUGAAAGAAAACGCUUGGAGUGAAAUAGCAUCUAUUGUCAACAGCAGUGUUACCGAGUGCAAAAAGAAGUGGUUUUCGAUUCGCGACAGCUACCGAAAGUCGCUGAAGAAACAAAGAAUUUCAAGCGGACAGGCAAACCCCACAAAGCCUUACAGAUAUGCUGAUUUGAUGUCAUUUUUAAAACCAUUCAUCAGUGAAAGAGAGCCAAAAUAUAACUCAGUUCUGCUUGAAAACUCGGAAGAUCACGAACUGGAAGAUCCUUCAAAUGAACCAGCUGAACUUGAUGCAGAAGUUUCUACAGUCAAAGAUUUUAAGCAAGAGUCUAUAAUUGACCACAAGGAGCGAAGCCUUCCAAUAUACUCAUCCCUAAAUAGUUAUUUACAGAAGAAAAUUGACCGACAAGACAAUAGAGCCAAAAAGGAUCAUCUGACGAAGUUCUUCGAGGCCAUGGAGGCGACCGUGAGAACAUUCAACCCCCUCUUGCAGGUGGAAGUCAAAAGCAAGAUAUCUUCCCUUGUGUCGGAGUAUGAACUGGAAAAUCUUAGAGCAGAGUCUUCUUUACUUCAGGCAUCACAUCAUUCGCCAUCUUAG